UGUAAACAAAGCUGACAGCUGUUCAGUUAGUUGUUAACUACAUAUGAAUGGAUGCUGAGCCAGUCGUGUAAAGGCUAUUUCUUCGCCCUAUCUAUCAAUUACAGCAAACCGUUUUCUUUUAUAAAGAGAUCGUCUCGCCGAGAGAGAUAUUGUUCCGAGCGUUUGUACAACAAGCUAACGUUAGCUGCCUUCCGUUUUCUCGUUAGGGAAGAGCUAACGUUUGCACAAGGACGUUAGAGCCUAGCGUUAACGCCUGCGAGGUUAACGUUAAAUCGAUUAUUAUUGUCCCGAAUUGAACGGAUAGUGAGCCACAUCCGUGCCCGAUUCUUGCGUGUUGUUUUUGUGCUUUUGCUUCAUUUGCUGUCGGGGGGCAGACAGAGCGAGAGAGUUCGUUCAUUUUAGCAGGACAACAAUGUCUACAUCCAACGCUAAUUUCAAAAACAAGUGUGUGACACAGGUGAACUGCAUCUUUUGCGAUAGUCUGCUCUGCACGAGAGGCAUGAAAGCAGUGCUUCUUGCAGACACCGAAGUUGAGCUCUUUUCGACUGAUAUACCUCCCAAUAGAACUGUUGACUUUGUGGCCAGCUGCUACUCUACUGAAAGCUGCAAAUGCAAACUGAGAGACAUCGCAUGUCUCAAGUGUGGAAACGUUGUGGGCUAUCACGUUGUGGCCCCCUGUAAACCCUGCCUGCUUUCCUGUAACAACGGCCAUUUCUGGAUGUUCAACAGUGAUGCCGUAUCUACUCUCAACAGGCUGGAUUCGACAGGUCUCAAUCUGCUCCUGUGGGGAGAUCUUCCCGAGUUGGAUGAUAGCGAGAAUGAAGAAUCAGAAACCCCAUCAGAGGAGGAGUGCAUUAGGUAGAGAGGGAAACAGACAAUGUGAGAGACCCAGAGGGCCAGGAUUUGAGAGGCGGAGCUACAAGUGUGCAUAAACCAUGCUGAGAUGAGAGAGAAACGAGAAUCCGUAAAGGGUAAUUGAACACUGAAUUCUGCACAGGGCAGAAAGGUGCUGCUCUACUGCUCUGCAUGGGUUGGGAUGUUAAACCAUGGUGCAUUUCUAUCCACACCCCAAACAGUGAUGCCAGAGCAGGUGUUUUGCAUUUGACAGCUGAUGGAAGACACCUGCUUUGACAUCCCUGACUAAGGUGUGGGCAUAAAUACACCAUUCUCCACGGUUUUAAGUUGUAAGUAAGAAGUUUUUGGCCCUAUGUCAUUUGGUGGUGAAUUACCCUUUACAGUGUGACCAUGCCUUUCCUCAUCACUUUUCACUGUUAAAAGCACAGACACACACUUGCACAGUCACACAGAUUCUUUUCUCUCUUUUUUUUCUUCUCCUUUUUGUAUAUUUGCGUGGGCUAUUGUAAAGCAUGUGGCUGAAGUAGACUGAAAAUAACAGACAAACUAGACUCCUUAAUCUAGUGCGUUCUACUUUUCAUUAGAGUCUCCACUGAGCUCAUGGUUUUUAUCGGCCUCUUGAGAAGUUGGGAGCGUGGUGUGAUAAGUCAAUGGAACUUACCAGUGAGUGCUGUGCUUUCUGAUAAGAUGACGACAAUUGGCUUACCUUCAUUUUAAUGGCAGUUCUACAGUAAUCUGUGCAUUGAAUAUACUGUGAUAAGCAAAAACGCGCAUUAACAGUCAUGUCUUAAAGGCUUCUACUCUCUCUGUGUGGCUGGGUGCUGACUGAAAGUUUGAGUGCUUUUUGAUUCCGGUGUAUUGGAGAAAUAGCACAAAUAUUGAAUGAUAUAUAUCCUUCCUUGCUUUUUAAGGGCAUAUUGGAUUUAGGUUACCUUACAAUCUAACAUAAUAUAAAAGAUAUGUUUUGAUAUGCUAAUAUAGUGUUCGUUAUACACCUGAUUGCAGCAGUACAUGUUUAACACCCAGAUGAAUCUGACUGCAGUAGUGACCGAUACUAACAUGCUAACUUAUGCAUAGUGUGUGCUUCCACAAAGGCCCGGAGCAGCCGAAUUUAAAGUCCUACUUGUGUCAAGAGGAAAAAGAUACUGGAUCGAUGAUAUAAGGAAGCUUAAAUGGAAAAUAACAACGGUGUACUUUUAUGCCACUCCACAGUUUUUCAAUGUGGAUUAUUAAGCAAAAUUAUGGAAACAGUUCUAAAUGGAUUUCAGUGUCCAUGCUUUGUUUUUGUGACACAUCUAUUCAGUUUUAUGUAGCAGCAUAAUUGUAGCACCAGAAGCGAAGAAAAGAUCAAUUCCAAAGAAUCAUGGAACAUUUCAACAUUAAACUUACAGACUGGCUACCAUGCUAAAUAAGAUAGUUAUGAGAUUUUUGGCCAGUUUAUAAAAUAGUAUUUCACAUUUUUAAGUCAUUUGAGGUGAAGUUAGGCUUAAGUCAGUGCAGCUGGCCAUAAAACUCUCAACCCUUGUUAUUCCAUUGGCCUUACUGAUGCUGUCAGUAAGUCAGUUUGUUACUGACAAAGAACCUUUGUUGAGCUGUAGACUCGAGGUUGGUGCUGUAUGUUAGUUGGUCAUCGCUAAAUGACCGGGCCUUCUCAUCAGCCUGUUGUGCCAGACAACCAAGUCAAGCUUCAGCAUCCUCCAGUCACAAGGGCCGUAACUCAAAUCAGUCCUUUUUUUCGGCUGUGCCAUCCUCAAGCUAUUGUUAUUGUUUCACUGCUGUGCCCUGCUAAUACUAUGAUCCUGUCUUAAAGUAACAGUCUUUCUCUAAGCGAAUGAGUUUUGCCUGUAUUGUCGGCAUUGUUGAGGAAGCCAACGUAGAAUGUCGCUUCUUUCGUGGAGCAGAUGGAUUAUGGAAGUUGGUCGUUUUUUGUUUUUUUUUUUAAUCUGUAAUUGGCCUCUGUGUUUAUCUAUGCUAUAGCCUUUAGUUGUGGAAAAACACACAUAUAGGAGGAAAACUUUGUCCACAAUUUCACGUCCUUCACCUUAAAAGUUAUAACUGACAGUCUGCUACACUUGCACACCAAAUACGGUCUUAUAUGAUAAACUGAUAGGAUACAGUGCAUCAGUUAGGUAUUUAUUAAAUCCACAAACCAAAUAUCAAUAACCACAUACUUCCUUUUUGUUUACAGACUUUGUUUACAGAUACGUUGGUUUGUAAUGUGCUAUGGUACUUAUGUUUUUGUUCAUGUAUUUAAUAUUUCAUUUGUGACGUAGUGCUUUGUUUUGUACAUUAAAAGAUUGGAUGUGUACAGUUUUACCUCAAGGGGGUAUCACUUGCGAGCUUCCUCUGGCUAGGACAAUUGUCAAAAUGAUAAUCAAAAGAAUUAUUUAAAUGGCUGUUUCUGACGUGAAUAACUUUGAUUAACAUGCCCUGCUGAAAAUGUAUAUUUUGGAAUUGCACUGAAACUGCAUUGGUAGUUUGAAAAAAUGAUUUGUUGUUUUGUAUGCUUGUUAAAUUAAUAAACUUUUUUUUU